UGGGAAGAGAGAAGUACAGAUAUACAUAGUAAGGUAAGGUAGAAAAGAUGGUGGGAAAAAAUAGGCGUUUCUCGUUCAGCUCUUCAGGUUCAGAGUGUGCCCCCCCUUCCAGCCCCCACGUCUCUCAGGUCUCCUUCCCAAGGAUCACCUCGCAGUCUCCAGUUCCUCAACGCCCUACGAAAAGCCCAGUUUCCGUCUUAUCCAUUUUCACGGCUCCUCAUAUCCAUGCCCAGCUUCUUUGCCCGUUGUCAUUGGGCGCAUGGUAGAGUUCCCAUCAUGGGCUGACUAGUGUGCUCCCCUCGUAGGGCCAGCUCCGAACCCCUCCUUGGAGUCCUUGCGCCAAAGAAUUACGUUCCGUCCGGGGGGUCCACCACAAGGCAGAGUGACACCCCCUGCCAGUAGGU